AUGGACUAUUCCAUGAUUAGUGCCUCUGUCAGAAAGCCUGUUGACUAUGACAAGGCAAAUCCAAAGCCUGGUGACAUUACCUGGGCUCUUAUCGACCAAGCCCUGGAUACGACACAUUUCGAUGAGGGAAUGGAAAAGAUUGCACGUACUCGGGAGAUUGAGCUGGCAGAGUCUACUGACUCCCUCAAUACGAAAAUAACUACGCCUUUCAGAAACCUAUCCAGCAAGCUGGCCCAAAAUUGUCGCGCCGCGUGGUGCAAACUGCGCCAGAACAACUAUAUCAACAACAUAUUCGCUUCGAAAAAAGGGCCCUCUUCGUGCCUGGAAAAGGCCGUCUCUACUCCUCUCUGCCCAUGCCUCGACUUGACAGACGACGACAAGGCACACCUGGAGAAACUUCUCCGCAAAGGGCUUCCUCCGAUGGGAUCUGGGGUCGGGUCAUGGACCUCUUACUUCAUGAGCCUGCAGCAUCACUGUGUCCACGAAUAUGGCAGCGAGCGCAUCGAAAUAAGACAGAUCGCCGAGAUCUUCAACGAUAAAUUCCGACUCUCAACUUUCUACACGAUUACUGGGGGCGCAUCUGAUAUCUCAGUCUCCUGCUGCCCCCAUCGAACUGUCCAGUCACAGCUGACAAACAUGCUGGACAUUCAAUCUAAUCCCGGCCAUAGUUUAAACAAACUCCAUAAUUUCCCGUGCAAGGACUGUGGCACCCAAGUUUACGGCUCUGAUGAGCCUCGUCAGAGGGGCGACUUGCCCUAUUUUUAUUUCUACACGACGAGUACACUCUCGCUGCAAUCCAUCCUAGAACCCCCAACACUCGCUCACUUCCAUCACUUCGAAAGCAUUGUCGACGACAGUCAUCAUUCGUACAUAUCUGUGGAAUUUCUCCAAAGAUUCAUCUUUCAAGAUGCCAGACACCGGCGGUCAUGGGCAUUCGACCUGCUCAACUAUCCUUCGUUGACCUUCGUCCACCGUUCCCUCUAUGACCUUUCUCUGUCUCAUGGGAUUUGGUGUGAGUACGCUCCCGACAUCCUUCCCUUCAAUACACACCAGAAGGACAUCUAUUCGGUUGCCUUAACGAUUCGCGUUUUAUCCCAGCUGCCUACCAUGCCUUAUGCAUACGCCCAUCUCAAGCGGGACUUGGCAACCAGCGGCCGAGAGCCUCAAAGUAUACUCUAUGGGAACGAACGUUGGGUCAUGGAUCUCCUACUUCCUGAAAUUUUAACACUACUACAGCCUACAGCCACAACCCGUAGCAGAGGCCAGAGAGACUUCUCCCUGUUCCUGAAUCAAUCUCCCCAGCGAGGAUAA